GACAUGAUGUCACCCUCUUUACUCGCUGCUAAUUGGCCCGCGAGGGGAAGCCUGGCGUUCUCAUUGGUUCUUGGCUCUCGAGGUGGUGUAGGACGAGGAGGGCGGUGAUUGGCGCAGCUGGCGGGGGCGCGGGGCGGCUCCCGGACGUGAGGCGGCGUCGGCGGCGGGCGAUGGAGCUGGGGGGCGGCGGGCCCGCGGCCGGCCCAGGGCAGGCGGCGUUGGGCCGGGGCGGUCUCGAGGUCCUGCAGCACACGGUGGGCUCCCUGCUGUCCAGCUAUGGCUGGUACAUUCUCCUGGCCGCUGUCGCCAUCUAUUUCCUCAUCCAGAAGAUAUCCCAGGGCCUGGCGGCCCGGCCGAGCGGCCAGUCGGGAGCAGCUGACGCAGCUGUGGAACCUGAUGUGGUGGUAAGAAGGCAGGAAGCUUUGGCAGCAGCUCGCCUCAGGAUGCAAGAGGAGUUGAACGCACAAGCAGAAAGAUACAAAGAAAAACAAAGACAGCUUGAAGAAGAGAAACGAAGGCAGAAGAUAGCAAUGUGGGAAAGCAUGCAAGAAGGAAAAAGCUAUAAAGGAAACCUGAAACUGAAUCAGCAAGAAGUAGAAUCUGGUGCUUCCACCUCAUCAGCAGUCCCGAAAUCUAAACCAAACAAAAAGCCCUUGCGAGGAGGUGGCUAUAACCCUCUCUCUGGAGAAGGAGGCGGAACUUGUUCCUGGAGACCCGGCCGGAGAGGCCCGUCAGCAGGUGGAUGAGGCUAACCCUCCCUAGUGUCUCACGUCACUAGCAGGCUUGAUCUUACCCACUGUCUAACUGCCUACAGUUCGCGUGUCACAGUGACUCCUUUGGGAUGGGGCUUAGUGCAGGUGUUAACUUGAAAACAGAUUUACACCAUUUCCAAAUAGUGGUGCGGAAGCUGGUACCACCCAAGAAAAAUACCUGAUCCUCUUAGAGAGGAUGAAGAAAGAAACAAUUUCAGUGUAAUCAGUUCAUUUUUACUCUUCUGUAGAGGGGAAGCGUAGUCUCCAGCCAAGGUGAAUCACCUGGGAUUGUGAGAUCGGGGUUCUGUGGAUGGCUAUUCAAAAGACUGGCCUCAGGCAAAUUUAAUUAUGUACGCUUGGUUUACUUUUGUAAAAUGAGGAUAUUUACCAUCCUCAGAUGUGUUACCAGAUCUACUGUGUUUGGCUGGAAGGUACUUUAGAGGGAAAGAACGUUACCAUCAGCAGGUAUCUUGAAUUUUAGGAGCAGGAACUUUCAGAAUUUCAGGAAAAAAAAGAUGAACUGAUAAAUGCCACGGAUUUGCACAGCAGGCCAGUUUUGCAGAAGAGUCUCUGUGACAAGCUACCUUGAAUGAUGUUUUCCUUAUAAAUGGUAAACAAACCAGUGAGGAUUACUGAUGCUAGACAGCAGACGGGGGGGUUCUUGCUAUUCUUUUUUUUUUUUAUUAUUUCAACUGCUUUGUAAAAACAAAAUACUAUUAAUAUUAAAUAUAAUUGCAAACAAAUCAUAAAUCUAGUAUUUACAAUCUUGUGGUUUUCUACAGCAUCUUUUUAUAUAGAAGGCGUGUGUUUUAGUGCAAUAGAUGUGUGUAAAGCAAGACGAGAGAUCAAAUGAAAUGAUUUUCAUUUGACUACCUCCAUAAAAAAAGGGGGUUUUCAGCUGAUCUUUUUGGGUUUUAAAAGGUUUGUUUUAUUUGGGUGGUCUGUGUUCCAAAUCAUGAUUUUAGAAUAAUCACCUUCAGGUUAAGACCAAAUCAAGUUUUCCCAAGUUUAAAAAGUGAAACACGCCGUCCUCUUCCCCACCCCAGUAACAGUAAGUGGUUCUGAAGUUGGACAGGCUGCGUUACUGGUUGUUAAGCGCAUCAGCUGUAUUUGAAUCUAAAUCAAGAAAACGCAUAACAAAGGCCUUUGCUCUAAUAGAGCAGAGAGGGUUUAUUUCCAAAUUACUGUUGACAAAUAUGGCUUGUGGAGGAGGGGAUACGUAGGCAUGGUCAACUCAGAUGUUGCAAGAUAUUCAAAGGGAAAAGAGAAGCUGCAAACCGUGCUGAGAUCGGUGUGUUGUGGGCAGCAGGACUGUCUGUGGCUUACCAGUGCAGUGUCAGGGUUACACCUCGGGGACAUUAACAGCUUACUUUGUACCACCCUCUGUUCUGGACGUGUCUGAGGGUGGGCACUGAUGGCCUGGCUGCAUGGCUAUCCCGAAUAGCCCAGCUGGAUGCCAAGGUGUGCUCUUACCCUGCUGCCAGCUUGCGCAGCACGGAAGCUGAGGGUGGUUUGUGCUGAAAAAGGGCCUCUGGCUGGCAGACGUGUGAAACCUGAGAGUGACGGGCUGUGAAGAGUGGUCUUCAUCCUUCUGGUGUAUAUCCAGCACUGUCAAUAGAAAAUGAAAUUAGAGCCGGUCAUCAUAAUUGAGCUUUCCAAACAUCCCAUGCCCUUGAUACUCGCUCUAGCACAAAAUACAAAAGACGAGUGGAAUCCAGGCUGUCCUUGAUAAAGAGUGAAAUAGUUCCUGUCAGCGUACGACAAGGGUCCUCGUCUCCAAUUACUGUUACUGAGCUUGUAUAUAGGCAUUAAAGUAUAUAUCGGUGUUUCAUUAGCGUAGCUUAGGGCUGCUUGAACACUUCUUUCUAAAUUCUUAGGCUUGGAAUAUUUGUGUUGUCAAUAGGUACGAGGGCCAACUUUGAACACACUGUUUGUAUGUACACAGGUACUGCUCUAUAUGUCAGGUGAUCCCUGAUUUUUCUCUUGACUGUAAAUGUAACAGUACCAUGUUACCAGUGAGUUUUAAAGUUGCCGGCUAAUGAAACGGAAAGGCUAAGAACCUUUUACUUUAGACCCAUGAAGUGUGUGUAGAAGAUGAAGUGAGAAGGUUAUUAAUGUUCCUACGGAAACUGGUUUUCAUUUCCUGGCUUCUGUGCGUUUUGGUAUGUAAACUUCAAUUUCCAUUGUUGUAACACAGACCGGAGUACGUAACUUCAGGUUUUAAUCUUUAACGAGGCAAAAAAAAUAGAGGUGGGGAAGGAUAUUUUCAAGAUCUGAAGAUUCUUCAUCAGUAAAGAGGACUAAGUUGUUAUCUUGCUUGUGCCUCUGGGGAACGUUUUCCCCAUGUGUUGGGGAAACAGGCAACGGAGGUUUUGUCUUCAGAAAAACAACCAGGGGAGAUUGUUGUCUUAAAGAAGCAGAAUUCCUUGUGUUGACAAAAUGGUAAGGACGGGUUGAUUUAAUUCAGUAAAAAAAUUUUAAGAAAUAAAUAAGCAGGUCUGAACUGA